AUGGUGAAACGAAAGCUGGGUGCCCUUGAAAAGGUAGAAGCCGAUUUGCCCAACUUGCAGAACAAGAUCAAACGAGAUCCAAGGUCUUACCUCACCGACUUUCAACACCAGUACAUCCAGUAUGAAAACCAGCGCCAGAUUUUCCUGCAAGCACCUACCUCAUCCACCGAGUCCGGCCUGAUCUCAUUCCGAGACUUGAUUGAUUUUGUUGCACAUGUGUCAGACUGCUACAAAGAAGAGACAAAAGACUUUCCCAAGCAAUUGAUCGAGAUCCUGUCCCUUCAUCAUGCCAGCCUCGAACCAGAAUUGCGCGAGAAGAUCGUGGGCAGUCUCGUCCUGGUGAAGAACAAGGACAUAAUUGACUCCACCACUUUGCUUAAUUGCUUCUUUCCAAUCCUCACCACCACCCCAAGCAAAUCACUUCGAGCCCUACUUUUCCAGAAAAUUCUCAGCGAUCUCCGGUCCUCCAAUUCCAAGACAAUAAACCACAAACUCAACCGCAGCGUACAGACAACUCUACACAACCUUGUCACAGAAGAUCGAUCGUCACCAAAGGCACUAUGGGCCAUCAAGAUUACGCGCGAGAUGUGGAAGAGACAGAUUUGGACCGAGGCCAAAGCAGUGGAAAUUAUGAAGGAGGCGGCAUUGGCAGACAACGAAAAGUGCGUCGUCGGUGGAGUCCGCUUUUUUCUCGGCGGUGACAAGGAGCGAGAGGAGCUCGAAGACGAGAGCUCUGAUGAAGAGGCCAUUGACAUGGCCAAGCUGAAGCAUCAAGUAGGUAUCAACAAGAAGAGCCGCAAGUCAGAGAAAAAGCUGGAGAAGGCGGCGGCCACGGUGCGUCGCAAGGAGAAGAAAAAGGGUCAACCGCACCCACUCAACUUUUCAGCGCUACAUCUACUUCACGAUCCUCAAGGCUUUGCUGAGUCGAUGUUUUCGAAACAUCUGCAAAACACCAAAUCUAAGCUGAACCUCGAACAGAAGCUGCUUGUGCUGCAACUUGUGUCUCGACUUAUUGGUCUGCACAAGUUGACCGUCAUCAGCUUCUACUCAUACUUUCUCAAAUACCUUACACCUCGACAACCUUCAGUCACCUCGUUCCUGGCCUCCCUUGCGCAAUCAACACAUAAUUUGGUGCCCCCAGACAUUCUGGAGCCUUUGGUACAAAAGAUUGCCAAUGAAUUUGUCUCUGAGGCUGCCGCGGGAGAAGUCGCAGCGGCCGGUCUCAACGCCAUCCGAGAGAUUUGUGUCAGACAGCCACUGGCCAUGAGUGACACGCUCCUACAGGAUUUGGUCAUGUACAGAAAAAGCAAAGACAAGGGAGUCAUGAUGGCGGCCAAAGGUCUUCUCGGCUUGUACAGACAAGUCGGAGCUGAGAUGCUGAAAAAGCGAGAUCGGGGCAAAGACGCUACGCUCGGUUUGCGGGCUGGAGAGCAGAAACAGGCACGCUUUGGAGAGGAAGCUCUGGGUGAGAUCGAGGGAUUGGAACUGCUGGAGAAGUACAAGGCUGAAGAGAGGCAACGCAAACGACUGGAGAAGGGGCUGGAUCCUAACGGAUCGGACAGCGGGGAGGAGGAAGAGGAAGAGGAAGACUGGGGGGCUUGGGAUGUCGAGGCUGAAGAUAGUGACGACUCUGGCGGAUGGAUCAACGUGGAGAGUGAUCAAGAGAUUGAAAUCAGCGACAGCGAGGACGAGAAGCCGAGCAAAAAGGUCAAAUUCGACGAGCAGGAGAAGAAAGAGGAAGACAAGCCGGCCGAAAUGGCCAAAUCCAAUCUAGCAUCCACACGCAUUCUGACCCCAGCGGACCUGGCAAAACUACAGGAACUCCGGACGGCAGCAUCGGUGUCUUCAUUGAUGAAGAACCACAAGUCGCACCAUACAUCCGCGGCCACAGCACAGACAAAUUCACAACGACAUAUGGAUGAUCCCUUGACAGCGGAAGAAAUCGAAGGGUUGGCAUCCCUGUCGCGAGGAAAGACGACUCGUGCGCAACGACUGGCACUGUUGGAGGAACAUAAAGCCGAUCGAGAAGAGCACAAGUCCAAAGCAGCCAGGAAGAAGGAGAGAAAGGAAACAGAGGGCAAGAGUACCACAAAUAAGGAAAAGGCCCGGAAGAAGAAUUUCUUGAUGACGUUGGGAAAGGCAAAAUCCAAGGGAAAACGAAGUCUGGUUGAGCAUCGCAAGAUCUUGAAGGCACACACCGAACGAAGCAAGAAGGGCGGCAGACGUGGUAACUACUGAUGAGGUGCAUGGAUAGACAAG